AUGGCCCUCCUGGAUGGCCGUUGGCAAUGGGCCCUUCGCUUGACACCUGCGCUCGGGCUUACUUGCAUCAUUCUCUUUUCUCGAUUUCACCGUGAUCCACCUAGGGGUCGGGCUGAGGGCGGAGAGAACCUGCGGACCGCAUCUUGGCUCGAGGAUAUACGCUACCUGGCUUUUUCUUCACCCACUUUCUUGUUCGUAUCAGCCGCCUUCACCUGCGUCAGCUCCGUUUUAGGUGCUGUUUCCUGAGUUGAGUACAUGUUCGACCCCGCCUUGAUCUAA